UUUGUGUGAAGUUUAUAUGCGUGGAUCGGAAACGUUGCAUACAAGAGUAGCAAACGCGGUGUGUUGGUGUGUGUCACAACUUCCUUUUCAGCUGCCAGCCCUAGAUCAAGAGGCUCAGAAGAACACGAGGAAGGAAACCUCUUGAGCCAUUUUCUCAUCUUUGCUGGACUGCUCAUUUUGACUGACAUGUCAAACCCCGUCAUCACUCAGCCCGGUGCUGGAUCUUAUGGUACAAAUGUGCAGACAGGAGAGUGGAGCACCGGUCUUUGUUCUUGCUGCAGUGACGUAUUUGUCUGUGCUAUUGGCUGUGUCUGUCCGAUAGCUCUCAGCUGUUACACAGCAAACAAGUACGGUGAAAAUGUAUGUCUAGCAUGUGUACCUGGAGGAAUGGCUGCAAUGAGGACACACAUGCGACUGACCUAUGGAAUACAGGGCACAAUAUGCAAUGAUGCUUUGAUGACCUGUUGCUGUGGAAUAUUUGAGACAUGUCGAAUGACCAGAGAAAUUCGGAUCAGGAAUGGAGAGACCUAGUUACUGUGUUUACUAAUAACUUUUUCAGUCUUAAGAUUUUUUUUUUCUUCUUUUUUGGUAUGUUUUUUUAAAAACAUUCAAAUUAAUUGAAAUCAAUACAUCAUUUAUAAAUAUUCUCUUCAUUGUUAAAGGCAGGAGAAUUCAAACCAGGAUAUAAUUCAUUAACAUUCAUUCUUUGGAAAUGAGUGUUACAUUACUGCAGUUUAAAUGUCUUGAAUUUGUGUAAAUUAUUGUAAUGUUCAUUAAUACAUUGUAUGUGCUGACAAUUCUGCUGUAAUGCUCAACAUGUGCCAACCUGCAGCAUUAAUAUGAGACUGUACAGAAGCUCUGUGUCAUAUUUAAUAAUCACCCCAGCACAGUACAAUGGAAUUAAUCAUAUAGCCUACCUAAUCAUAUUAAAUAAAACAACAAUUUUAUACUC